UAGAAAGCGAGAAUCUGAGAGCAAAGGCGUCCACGUUCAGACUCGAGAGACAUAGCGACAAUAUCCAUAUUCGGUUUGUCGCGCAAUCCGUUUCUCCUUGAUCGCCGGCGGUAAUUGCGUAUCGAAGAUCGAAGGAACGAAGAAGAAGAAGAUGGGGAUGAAGAAGGCGACGACAUUGUUGGAUGAUCUGAUACAGAACGCGGGAGGUUGUGUGGUCAUUGAUGGAGGUUUGGCCACGCAGCUUGAGAAACACGGUGCUGUCUUUAACGAUUCACUUUGGAGUGCUGUUUGCCUCGUUAAAGAUCCCGACCUAAUUAAGAAGGUCCAUUUGGAGUAUUUGGAGGCUGGAUCGGAUAUUUUGGUUUCUUCCUCUUAUCAGGCCACCAUUCCAGGGUUUUUAUCAAAGGGUCUGUCAGCAGAAGAAGGGGAGUUGCUCUUAGAAAGGAGUGUUAAAUUGGCCGUGGAAGCUCGGGAUAGCUUCUGGGAUUCUGUGAAGAGUAACCCAGGGCAUAAUUACAAUAGGGCUUUGGUUGCAGCAUCCAUUGGAAGCUAUGGUGCUUAUCUUGCUGAUGGCUCGGAGUACAGUGGGCAUUAUGGACCAGAUGUGGAUGUGGAUACGCUGAAGUAUUUUCAUCGACGCCGAUUGCAGAUUCUUGUCGGUGCAAGCCCAGAUUUGCUUGCAUUUGAGACUAUUCCCAAUAAACUUGAAGCCCAGGCCUGUGUGGAGUUGCUCGAAGAAGAAAACGUCCAAAUUCCAUCUUGGAUCUGCUUUAGCUCUGUAGAUGGUGAGAAUGCCCCAUCUGGAGAGAGCUUUGAGGAGUGUCUGAAGGCUAUUAAUAAAAGUGACAAAGUAAAUGCAGUUGGAAUAAACUGUACACCUCCUCAUUUUAUUGAAGCUCUCAUUUGUAAGUUCAAAGAGUUAACAGACAAGCCCAUAGUUGUUUAUCCUAAUAGUGGCGAGGUAUGGGAUGGUAGAGCCAAGAAAUGGCUGCCAUCAAAUUGUUUUGGUGAUGACAAAUUUGAAUCACUUAGUUCAAGAUGGCGUGAUUUGGGAGCCAAAUUCAUUGGUGGCUGUUGUCGAACAACACCAUCUACCAUCCGAGCGGUAUCAAAGGUUUUGAAAGAAAGCCCUCAUUAGUGACAGCUGAGUAAGUCAACUGUCUGUAGCUGCAUGUGAUUGUUGAAUGAACGUAAAAGAUUAUAUUAAAGCGAGAGGCAAGUUAGUCAGAACCUUCAAACUACUUUCUUUGCAAUAAUUUUUAACCUUUAUUUUAUAAACUAUUAGAUUGGGGUGUUACUGUUUGUACUUCAACAUACUUUUACCCACUUUAUAGAUUGUUACUGUAUCAAACUUGAAAGACUUGUUGAAUACAAUAGGCAUGUUCUCUGUUCA